UUGUCUUCCAAGAACAUCUAAUAAACUGUAAUCUGUGAUAUAUAUACUUAUUGGAAUAUUUUAUCGCCACUUCCGACUGGUUGAAAGUUUAAGAAGACAAGGAAUAAAAUAUGGAUGGAAAAUUGUUAUUAUUUGUGUUGGUAUUUUUAACUGGUGGAGCUUGGACACAAAGAGAUACUCGAGGAUCAAACGCUGGCAAUGAUAAUAUCCAAAUACAAAGAAACUCACUCUUUGCCUGUCCAAGGCAGUAUAUAGACGCUCUAGCUCGAUGUCUACAAAGACUCUCAUGUGCGGAUGAUAAUGACUGCUCUUCACAAAGAGUAUGCUGUUCAAACGCAUGUGGAUCAAAAACUUGCGUAGAUCCUUGGUAUCCGAAGAAUGACGACGAAGACGAUAGUGUAUGUUCUAAUGUGUCCUGCACUAGGCAAGGUACAACGUGCAAAGUUGUAGGUGGGAAACCAGAGUGUCUAUGCGUCGACUCAUGUGGACCUCCUGUUUCCAACAAUGAUUUUGUUUGUGCUGACGACGGAAUGAUGUAUUUCACCUCUUGUUUCAUGGAUAUGGAGGCCUGCCAAUCACAAAAAACUAUUACACAGACGAUUUGCAACUCACUCCCUACACCCAAUACAAACGUACUUACGCCAGGCGAUGCUGAUUCGUUGUCAGAUAUACCUGACUCAGAACUUCGACCACCCACGGUUAUUUCUGUGCAAGGUAUAGUUGUUGCAGAAGAGCGAUCUAGCGUUUCUUUGAGAUGUGACGUCACUGGGUAUCCAAAACCUAAAAUAUUUUGGCAGACAAUGGAAGAAGGCGAGUUAUUGGGACCCAACGCAGUCAGUGGGAGAAUUUCAGUGUCGGCUCAAACAAGAGAACUCGUAAUUGACAACGUCCAUGUAAGCGAUACCGGGAGAUAUAGUUGUUAUGCUGCCAAUAAAGGCGGAGUGGCUUCAAUAAAGUUCAGAAUUAAAGUAACAGCUAUCCAGGAAAGCAUCAGAAGAGGAGGACGAUCUUCUAAGGUGGAAUGUGGAACGUUUCCUACCGAACAAGCAAGAAGGUGUGGACCAGAAGAGACCCAGCGAAGAAUAAAAAAGCUAUGGAUAUAUAACAGAAAUAAAAAAAAUUGCGUCAAAUCGUAUUUCAGAGACUGCAGAGCUAUAACAAACAAGUUUCCAACGUGGUCUGAAUGCGCCAACGCUUGUAUGGAUAUAUGUAAGUUGCCACCAAAAAAGGGGAAUUGUAGACAAUUCACUCAGAGAAUAUUUUACGAUCAUCGAACUGGAAAUUGCUUGCCAUUCGCAUUUAGCGGAUGUCAAGGAAAUCAAAAUAACUUCCCAGAUGUCUUUGCCUGUCGGGCCAGAUGUCCUUCGAUAACUCCGAACAACCGUUCUGUAGCGAUUCCGAGUACUCCACAAACUCCGUCGUGUCCCCCAUGCUACAUGCAAGAAGCUCAAUCCGUAUGUCGAUCGGAGUUCGUCGUGAUUGGAAUUUUAAAACACUUUCGGCUGCGGCCUGCAACAUUGCGUUCUGCGGGUCAGACACAUCAAUCCUUGCACAUUCAGCUAACGAAAGUUAUUCAAGACAAAAGUACAAAUCUUAAUCUUGGAAAUUUAAACCUCGAAAAUCACGACGCGGCAAGAUUAGAAAUCAGUCUUGAACUUGAUGAUGAUUGCCCAUGCCCAGACUUACGAGACUUUGUAAGCUCGACCGAAGCAAAUCUUUCAGCUGUCAACACUCGAAGACUUCCUGCUUUUGGGAGAUCAAACGAAGUUGAAGUAAUAAUUGCUGGUAAAACUGUAAGUGGUGUUCCCACCUUGGACUCAAGUGGGUUUGCUUCAAAGUACAACGAAAAAAGUUUUAGAAGAAUAGCGAACGUAUUGAAACUCCCUCAUUUUUGCAAAAUGUUGAAUAUUAAAUAACAAUUUACGUAAAAAGAAUGAAUUCGUUAUAGUACGCAAAACAAUAUAGAACCCCAGUGACAGCGGAAUGUACCAGUCCCGAAUCUCAUCCACCGCUUAAGAUAAAUAUGAAACAAACAUACGAGUUUCAAUUUCAGUAAUUUCCUUUCUUUCAUUUUCUUAUACGAAUAUCCACUUUAGUGGAAGUAGACACAUGUAUAUGUGUGAUUAUAAUUUGGUUGGGUAUUUAGUAGAAAGAUGCAUAUCUGGUGCUAUUUGAGCCGCUAAGUUCAAAUUUCUGGUGGGGCUUGAUCUGUGAAACACAUGUUCCGUCUUGAAUUCUUUAAAUGUGGCAUCCGGAAGAAAACUGUGUACAUGGACGAGAGUGAUAUUAAACAUAGAAAACAAUUAUGCAUUUAGAAAAAGCUAAUAUAUAUGUCCUUUUUAUCUACAAUAAGUGAAAUUGUAUACAUUCAAAAGAAAGAGACGGAAUUCAGAUGGUAUUACUCUCACUGCGAGGUCUAAAUGUUUUGCUAAUAUGAGUUACGCAUUUGAGUUCGAAUAUCGGUGGUGCUGAUAGAUAACGCGAUCAAUCGGAAAUAUUUCCAUAGCGAUCAAGAACUAUCGAGUAACUUUCCAUAUCCGGUAUUGACUUUAUUAAAAGACAUUCUGAAGACGAAUUACAGUAAGAUGUGGAGAAACAUUACAUAAAAUGAGAGAUAUGGUAACAUUCGUGAAGUCCAAUUGUUGUGUCAUGUUUAAAUUCAUGCUAAUUGUUAUGGGAAUAAACAAGAAAGUCAAGGUUCGGGAACUUCCAUUACAUGCUAUUUGAGAAGCUUUUAUAACUUAUAAUUUGUUUCGAAUAAUGUUUUCGGUGUAAUUCGCCCAAUCAUUGUCUUUAGUUUGGGGAACUUGUUCUAUAGAUUUAUCCCUUGCAACGUUAUUUUCGGCUAAGUGUGCAGUAUCACCACCAAAAUACCUUUAAAUGACGUUUCUGAAUAAAAUUCCCCUUGGGGUAUAAAUAUCUUUUAUCCUUAUCGAACUAUACAAAUUGUAUAUACAUUGUACUUUCACAUUAUUUUGAAGAUCUUUUUCUUCCAUAAUUUUUCGUUGUCCAAAGUGACGACAGCCGUCGCAAAUAACUUAAUUAUUGCCUAACAAUUCUAGGAAAAUAAAGAAAAAAUGACAAAAAAUAGGACGUUAAUAAUAAUAAUAAUAAUUAAAACUUUUCAAAGACUAAGACGCUUCUGUAUUGAUCGCAAAAAUACAUCGUCGUUAGAUAUGUUUAUUCGCAGAGCCUUGUUUUAUUUUUCCAAUAGGCUUGAUAUUUCUUACCUAUUUACUCUUCUUAUAUCUCGUUUAACCGAUGCCUUCCAUUCAAAAAUUCGAAUAUGACUGAUUAGUGAAUAUUUUCGAAAAUACUUCAUCUCUAUCGUGGACUCUGGUAACGACCGAAGCCCUCUGUCUUUUUUAUCCCUAAUUUCACGUCGAUUCAAAUUCUAUCACUUAAUUCUACCUGCGGAUAAAUUAUGUCUUUUACUUUGGCCCAUCCGUCCAUCUAAUGCGCGUACAAGGAAUGAUUAGGGGCUAGCAUCAAAUUGAGAGGGAAACAAUCACAUUAGAGAAUUUCCAUGGAAAUUUUAUCGUUUGGCGUCGUGUGUGAAAAAUUCAUCAUUUACAUCGGUAAUAAAUUUUACGAUAUGUACAAAUUUUUACCGAUGAUGCUUACUAAUGGUUUAGAUUUACCAGAGAGAUGGUUAUUAGAACCAGCUAUUACUAAAGUCAGUAUAUUAUAAUUAAAACGUGUUGAAAACUUGUGUAUACAUGCUUGUUUUGUUCAUCCGCAGGCAUGAAACCUAAAAAAACAUUUAUAUAUAUAAUGUAUGUAAUAUCGAGUUGUUUUAUUUUUGUUAUUAUUAUUUAUUUAUUUGCUGUUGGUUUAAAGUACGUUUAUAUGACGUGCUUUAUGUUCUUUGCUUGUAAUAUUAUGCUACAGAAUAAACUAAAUAU